GACGCUUGUUCUUGUAGCAGAAGAAAACUUUGUUUUAUUUUCCAAUCUGUUGAUGAUAUUUAUCUCUUUAUUCAUCGAUUCUCACGGUGUUCAACAGUUUUGCUGGAGGAUUAUGCGUGCCGUGCAUUUUGUUGCGAAAUACUGUGCAUAAUAUACUGUUACGUUAGGGUCCAAUGACGAAAUUCAACUCAAAAUCUGCCGUACGUGAUAGUUUUGACGAAGAAGAGGCUAGUGAUGAUGUCGACGAUGAAGUUUUUAUCCGUGAUGGCAAGAAUGGGUACAAAAUGGAUGAAGAGAGUGGCCUCAAAAAGCCCCUUAUGCCGUUGAGGAGGCGUCAAAAACCUGCUUAUUUUGCUCCCGGUGCCACUCAAGACACCAAGAGUAGAUGCAAAAUUUUCUUCGCUCCCUGUUGCUAUGGCUUUGCAGCUCUUUCAAUACUUUUGGGUCUUCUAGCCCUUUCUGUGAUCAUCAUAAACUAUUUCCCUUUGCCAUUAAGUAAACUUCUUGUGUGGUUUGGAAAGAAUAGUCAUCUGCCCAACCAAAAAUUAAUUCCUUGCACUGAGCUAGUCACUUCCGACGUUUGGGUACAGACAUUUCCUAAGUUGACAUCAGAAACUGCAGUUCGUCUCAGUGACGUUAAUCAUGAUGGGGUACUAGAUGUAAUCCUGGGAUAUGGUACAGGAACGGAUGGAAGAAAUGUUCCUGACUUUGUUUGCACACUGUAUUUUGGACGUGAUCCCCCUUGUCUUGGUGGGAUUGUUGCACUUAAUGGUAAAACUGGUGAGAUAUUGUGGCAACACUGGACUCGACGUCCAGUUUUCUCCGUGGACUGUAGUGCUGAUUUAACCAAAGAUGGAGUAGAUGAUUGUUUGGUUGGUGGCAAAGGUGGUUUGCUUCAUGUUGUCAAUGGUCAUGAUGGGAGUUUACUAUGGCAUCUUGAAGAUCAAUUAGAGCGCCAGCAGACUGAAGUUGUUCUCGAUGUGUAUUCAGCUCAGUACAUCCCUGAUGUAGAUGAUGAUGGUUUUAUUGAUGUAAUAUCAUCUCAUACAGUUUCUGACUUAUCAGGAAACAGUGUUAAAGGGCAUUUAAUUGUUAUAAGUGGCAAAGUGGGACGGAUGCUGCGUAUGAUUGAGAUGCCCGGAAGCUCUGAAAGCUAUUAUGCACCUCAACUGCUUGUUCGUCCUGAUGGUGAAAAGGUUAUCUUAAUUGGGACGGGUGGUACAGCUAGCCACUCAUGGGGGGGUCUUCACGCAGUAUCCUUGGGGCAGCUGGCUGGGACCGAUAAGGUUCCGUUUAAAACUUUGCUGACAAGUGACUCUCGAGGUGUCAUGUCACCUCCUGUACUAAUAGAUAUUAAUCAUGACGGGACUGAGGAUAUUGUGGUUUCCCUUUUCAAUUCUACUGUUGUAGCUGUGGAUGGAAAGACAUUUGAAACACUUUGGAAUUAUACUUUCCCCAACUCCCAGACUUUCAGCCCUCCUACCCCUGGGUAUUUCAAUGAUGAUGAUACUCCAGAUUUCCUAGUGAAGUAUCAAAAUGGGCCUGAUUAUCCAGUGUACUUUUAUUCUGAGAUGAAUAUAUUGGAUGGAAAAACUGGAUUGCCUUUGAUAGAAAAUUCGGUUGUUGAUUCGGUUGGGUCACAGAUGGGUGGAUUGUCCUUGAGCAUUGAGGGCUUUGGAAAUGACUGGUUCCUUUAUUGGAUGGCCAACUGUGUUGGACAUGAAGGAUCUCAAAAUCCCUUCUCUUUUGCAAAAGGAAGUGAUAUAGUUGCUCAAAGUCAAGCUGAUGUGUGUAGACUUCGUUUUAACAGUACCAUGAAAACAGCUCUUCUUGCAACCAGUCAACACAUUGAUACCCCAGGGUUCCCCAUAUAUUCUUCUGACAAAAGAGAAUCAAUUGAAUACAAUAACUCAAAGAGAAUUUUUGAUGAAGCUGGAAGGUAUCUUGCUUCUCAUCCGGAUUUUAAAAGUAGAUUUGGGGCUCAGGAUGACUUAAUGAAAAUCACUGAUUUUGAUGGAAUGCCGUCUGAUAAAUUGACAGUCAAUAGGCAACCAUUACCCUUUAAGAGCAUUGCUUUCAAGCAAAGCCCGUCAGUAUUGAAUAGAAACAGGAAUGGAAAAGAUAGUGGAACAGGAAGUUUGGGAGACCCUGACUAUUCACUCAUGAAAGUCAACCAGAUGAGGAAGCAACCGAAGGACUAUAGCUCAGACUCUGAUACACAAGACUGGCGCCUGGAAGAGUCUGCAAAAAAUUAUGGGUCUUUGUAUGAGCCUCAAUCUUCGGACAAUCUAGACCAAGAUUACGAGAGCCCGGUUAUACCCAAUGGUGAUCCAGCCUCUCCACGUCUUGGGGGACUAUUCAAUAGUUACUUGUCAGGAGGGGUACAGCGAUCUCCUAACUAUGACAGUAUGUUUCACGAACAGCGACGUUCUGGUUCUAGAAGGUCGAGACAAAUUCUAAUGAAGCCUACACAGGAAAAUCAACAUAAAGCAAAUUUUAGAUUCAAGAGGGAAAUGUCUGACAAACUGAUCAACAAAAUUACUCUUGAUGGCGUAUACAAUUCAUCAAAUUUUAAAGGAUUUUAUCCUUUAACAUCUACUGGUACAUUAGCACCUCCACUGUCAGGGGUUGGCAUAGACUUGGUAUUCAUAUCCUAUUGGAUACCACCUAGUGAUGGUGUGCAGAUUCUUACCAAAAAAGAUAUUGACUGCAUGAAGCAAGGUGUCUCACGUGCAGCUAGUGAUGAAACUGACAAGUAUGCCAACAUGGAUCAAGAGUCUGUGGAACUAGCAAUAACUGCAGAAUGCCUCUAUCAACGAUUUUCAACAGAUUCGUCUAUUUCACGGGAUGGUCGAUUAGAACCUCAUCCUGGGUUUCUGGCUAAAGUUUCUGGUGCACCUUCAUCCACUUACAAAACUAUGAACAUGCGACUUGGGCAGCUAACUAUUUACCGAUUGAAUGUACAAUGUAAAUGUCAAAAAACUGUUUCCAAGCAUGAGUCCUGUGCAAACAUUUUACCGUUUAAUCAACAAAGGUGGCCUUCUUACAUGGGUCAUGAUGGCAGAGGGUACUUCCAUCAAAAUUGAUCAUUACUUUCAGUAUUUUGGUCUAGCAUCAUGUACUUUGUGGAACUGUCACAAAAUGAAUCCAAAUUCAUUAUCCAACAUCUGGAUACAUAUAGUUGAGGAUUUGCAUGUACUGUGUGCAGACAGAUUCCAAAUACCCAUGCUAACAACCAUGUCUUUUCUUGGUUUUUAUGCAAUUAAAUGUGCAUAUCUGCAUGUCAGUGCCUUAUCAUAAAUACCUAAAACAGAAGUGUUUGGUCACACUUCAUACCUAAAAAAAUUGACUUUUUGACAGUUUAUUUUGAAAUGUUAAGCGUAGUCAAUUAGAUUUUUUUUUUUCACUAUUGAUAGCCUGACAUUUUUCCAGAGGUCCCCUUGAGUUUGGUAUGAAAAUAAUGAAAAGUUGCUCUAACAAUGUCUCACCCAGAGUCACCCUUUCAUGUCACUUCGCUCUCAAAACAUACUAUAUUUUGCAUUUACCAACCCAAAUAUAGUUUUCUGGCACAAAUUCCAUGAAGAAAUUCAAUACUAAGCUUGCACAGCACGAGAAGUGUCCAGAAACUACAAAGUCAUACUCUUCAAAAAUAUGUUGCGGCUACAUGUUAGUUGUGUUAAUUUUUUUCAUUAAACUUGCUCUAAUAAAUAUACUCAUGGAGAGAAAUUUAAAGUUCUAAUUGACGUAAUAAGAGUGAUGUGAUGUGACUUGAGGUGACUUGAGACAUUGUGAAAGACUUCAGAGCUACAUCCAGACAAGAGGGGAGCUUGGGUUGCUGUGGGGUCUCUGAGUCUGCACAGAGAACUAGAACGCAGCCUCUGCGCAGGCUCAGAGACCCAAGCGACCCUCUUGUCUGGACAGAGCUUAGAACUCAUGCUCUAUACUGUACUGUCUGUAUCUCUUUCUACUAACAAGUUACUUUAAAGGGUGUUUGUUGCUGUGAAAAUUUUUGCUAAGUUGCUGUGUUGGAUAGUCACAAAUAGUAUGCUAGUAUUCAUUGGAGGAUACCUUAUGGCAUUUCUAUUUUUGCACUAUCAUAUCUUACUAUAUUGUAUAAUUCUUCAGAAAAGGUGUAUCUUAUAAUAAGUUACCUAUCUUCAGUAUAAUAUCCAUCAAAUAUUUUCAACCACAUGAAACACACUGUGUUUGGUAAGUUUUACCCUCUUAUGCAAUCUGAAAAUAGUGCAGUUUUUUUUUUUUUUAUAUACUUCCUUGGGUUUUAAAUAAAUCCAAAAUCCUUAUACAUAAGCAUGUUUUAUUUUUAAAAAUGGUUUUUCAAUUCAGCUUAGCUCAUCUGUUAGCAUUGUAACUUGGUGUGUCAAACCUUAAAGAUAAGUAUUUGUCAUAGAUGUAAAUGUUCUAACUUGUGAAGGCCUACCUUAAUUUUAUUCUAAAUUAUUAUAAGGUCCCUCUGAAAAGAAAGAAAAUAGUCUGAUAGCAAUAGAGCCAUUUCAAAAUCAUUUUCACUCCCAAUAGUGAAUUUGAAACUUUCUCCAGUUCCUUUACAACAUUUAAUUAAUCUUGAAAAAUAUCUUUAAAAAGAAAAAAAAAUGUGUGUUAUUUGGUGGACAGUAGUGACAUUUCUUAGCUCCUCAAACUGAAGCAACUUUGAUACACGAGAUUGUGCUUCCUUACCUAAUGAGCUUUGAGAUGAAUUCAGGGAUUUAGUAAUAAGUACCUAGACAUAUAUCGUAUUUGAUUGAUAAAUACAUAUUUUUCAUUAAUGCAAGAGGGAUAGGUUCAUUAAAAAAGAGGGGUAGUUGGCUGGUGGAUUCCAUUUUACAUUUUAUUGUCUUUUGUCCUGAUUAAAAUACACUAUAAUUAAUAAAACAGAGUUUUAGUUUA